AUGAAAGCGCAAGCAGCCGUAGCCUGGGGCGCCGGAGAGCCGCUUCGGAUCGAGACUGUGGACGUGGAGGGUCCGCGCGAGGGAGAAGCCCUGGUGCGUAUCGUUGCAACCGGCGUUUGUCACACCGACGCCUUUACCUUGUCGGGCGCGGACCCGGAGGGCGCAUUUCCUGCCAUACUCGGCCACGAGGGCGGCGGGAUCGUGGAAGAGGUCGGUCCGGGGGUAAGCAGCGUGAAACCCGGCGACCACGUUAUUCCGCUCUACACCCCUGAGUGCCGCGAAUGCGAAUUCUGCAAAUCCGGCCUGACCAAUCUCUGUCAAUCCAUACGCGAGACCCAAGGCCAGGGGCUCAUGCCGGACGGCAGCAGCCGUUUUUCCUGUGGCGGCAAGGCAGUGCUUCAUUACAUGGGGACUUCGACGUUCUCGGAAUACACCGUUCUGCCCGAGAUCGCACUGGCCAAAGUCAACCCGGCCGCCCCGCUGGACAAGAUCUGCCUGUUGGGCUGCGGCAUCACCACCGGAAUCGGCGCGGUGCUCAACACGGCCAAAGUACGGGCCGGUUCGAGCGUCGCGGUCUUCGGACUGGGCGGUAUCGGCCUCAGCGUGAUCCAGGGAGCGGUGAUGGCGGGCGCCGAACGCAUCAUCGGCAUCGACAUCAAUCCUUCCAAGUUCGAGAUGGCCGGCCAGUUGGGCGCCACCGACUUGGUUAACCCCGGGGAUCACGGCGCGCCGAUACAGGAAGUCAUUGUGGAUCUCACCAAUGGCGGCGUCGAUUACUCGUUUGAAUGUGUGGGUAACGUGGAGUUGAUGCGUGCAGCGCUUGAGUGCUGCCACAAGGGCUGGGGCGAAUGCACCAUCAUCGGCGUGGCCGGCGCCGGCCAGGAAAUCGCAACCCGUCCGUUUCAGCUCGUAACCGGCCGCGUGUGGCGCGGCACCGCAUUCGGCGGCGUGCGGGGGCGCAGCGACUUGCCGGGCAUGGUGGAUCAGUACCUGGCGGGUGAGAUCGAGGUGGACCGGAUGAUCACGCACACCAUGAAGCUGGACGGCAUAAACGACGCCUUCGACCUGAUGCACGAAGGCGAGAGCAUCCGCUCCGUGGUCUAUUUCUAG